CUGUGGAAAUGGUACCAGAACUGCUUGGCGGUGCAUCCAGUUAAGACGCAGGUGAUUAGCUCAGGCUUUAUUUGGGGUUUUGGCGAUAUAUCUGCCCAGUCCAUCACCAAAUACACUGCGAAGAAGCAAUGUCAAAAGGAUGGUGAAAGGAGACUUCCUAGAUGCCAGCGGCUCUUAAAUUGUUGUUGAGCUAAAGAAAAUUGAAAACAAAGGGACUACAGCCAUAAAGUUUCUAAUUUUGGUCUUAUGCCUAAUGCCUUCCCACGUCUAGUCAUCUUGAUAAUAGUUGGAAAGUUGGAAAGAUAGACAUGUCAACUUAGUUUCUAUCCUUUGAAUGUCGUGUGAUUUGGUUUGACGCUUUAUCAUUGACCAGCUUAUCGUGUUUGAUGGGUUUGUGUUUCAAAUGGCAGGAUGAUGAAAAAGGAGUAAAGAUCAAUUGGAAACGAGUAGCAACCACAAGCUUGUUUGGAUUUGGAUUUGUUGGACCAGUUGGCCACUUCUGGUAUGAAGGUUUAGACCAAUUUAUAAGGUCGCGACUUCUACUACGCCCAAAUACCUUGCGGUUUGUUACUACUAAAGUUGCAAUUGAUGGGCUCCUGUUUGGACCACUGGAUUUACUUAUAUUUUUCACAUACAUGGGUUUUUCAACCGGAAAGAGUGUUCCUCAAAUAAAGGAAGAUCUGAAGAGGGAUUUUCUCCCUGCUCUGAUUUUGGAAGGGGGCCUAUGGCCAGUUGUUCAAGCUGUAAAUUUCCGAUUUUUACCGGUGAGAUAUCAACUGUUGUAUGUGAACAUCUUUUGCUUGUUGGAUAGUUGUUUCUUGUCAUGGAUUGAGCAACAAGAAGAUGCUCCUUGGAAGCAAUGGUUCAAAGCUUUUCAGCCUUUCAAGGACCAAAAAGGUCAAGGUGGAUGAUUUCUCAUUUUCUCCUGCUGCAUCAUCUUUCAUUCCAGGCAUUGCUGAUCAUAGCAGAUGUACACACAUAGGAACAAGGGUGAAACAGACUUUAUAGAAUGCCCGGAACUUGCAGUUUUGAUCUUUUUCAGUUGCAAUUCAGGAAAGUGAUGAGAAGUUACUUAUGCUAUCCCAUGGAAGCAUUCAUUUACCUUUCUCAACUCUUUGUUGGAUGAAGGUAGCUUUUUAGUUUACGUUUUGUUUCUAGGUCUUAUAUAAAAACAUUCAGACAAGGUUUUGUAAGGUUGUUCUUCAGGCUUCCCUGUAUUUGGAGUCUUAAUGUGAAAAUUUGUAAGCCAAUUAAAAAAUAUACUUGGCCAAUAUGAUUUGCUUAUACAAAUGAAGUCUCUUAGUGAUCA